AUGGUGAAGAAAGCGGCACCGAAGAAUCCGGCAGCGAAGAAACUUGAAUUCGACAAUUCCGUCGCUGAAAUGGCUGUUGAAGCUCCUCGAAGGCGAGGAAGAAGGCCAAAUGCUGUUUCUGAAGAAAUUCCUGUUGCUAAGGAAUCUGUGUCUAUAAAGAAGAACAAAAAGGUUGGCAGUCCGAAAUCAAAAGCAAUUGCGCUUGUAUCUGAAAAAGAACCAAUUGAAGAAGAACAACCUAAUCAACUAGUUUUACAAAAUUCUUCUCUGGUUGACGUUCCACAGCCUGAAUCUCAUCAACUUCAUUCACAAGUUUUGAAAGAAGUUGGCGUUGAUGGCCUGCCUAUCGUGUUUAAUUUUGAUACACAAUGUUCAGGAGGAUCAUUGUGUAAAUUAAUUAAAGACUUCUCUCCUGAUCAAAAGGCAGCUGUUCAAGAGAUAGGGUUUGGAGGAUUGUUAGGCCUUCAAUUAAGUCGAAAAAACACUCAGAUGAUGUACUGGUGCAUCAAGUGCUUUGAUGGUGUGAGUUCUCUGUUUACAAUCAGUGAUUCCAAGCAAUUUGAAAUCACUGAUUAUGAUGUGUACGAUUUGUUUAUGCUCCCCCUUUCUGAGCUGGAGGUUGAAGGGGUUAAACGUGGGCGCAAUUCCACUAAUCCUGAUUUUGAUUUGAAGAUCAAGUGGAGAAAAGAGUUCGGUUUUGAAGAGGUCCAUGCUCAAAUUCCUAUAAGGUUGCUUGAGGACAAGAUUAAAUUGUUGACAGAUGGUGGUGAUCUGUUUAAACAAUUAUUUGUUUUUGUUGCUUUCUCUACAUUUUUUACUCCAACAGCCAAUAGGACUGUAGAUUUGAGAUUGGCUAAGGCUUUGGAAGAUCCUAAAAUGAUUUCCAAAUACAAUUGGUGUAAAUACGUUCUUGACGUAUUAUGUGAGGAAACAGUGAAAUUUAAAAAUAGUUUAUUGAAAGGCAAAGAUCAAAAGACAUUUGGAGGCUGUGUUGUGUUUUUGCAACUUGUGUAUUUUCAGAGGAUUAAGUUUAGGAAUUCCAGUGGUAUUCCUGAUCAAUUACCUCUUAUUCAGCAUUGGACAUCGAAGAUGGUAACCGAUCGGAUUCAUGCUGAAAAUGCCAAUAUGAGUGCAUUAUAUGGUUCUGGUAUAUUGGAGAAGGGGAAGUAUCCAAUUUCCAAAAAGUUUGUUUUUGUUGAUGGUCAAAUAGAUUUGACCCAAAUCAAAUCUAUUUCGAAAGAAAAUGAAGCAGGCAGCAGUGGGGGAAGAGCUGAACAGCCCUGUGUUGGGCGUCGAAUUCCAAGUCGGCGUCCUAGGAUUCUUCAGUUUGAAAUCCCUAAUUCUCAUCCUACAGAUGAAGAAAUUUUCUCUAAAGCCACUGAUGUAAGUUUAUUUUAUUAUUGA